UGCCAUACGCAUUCACACAGAUCACACAUUUGCAAUGACUUUCGUCCCUUCAGAUCGGUGUUGUUUGCUCCUCUCCCUCAUGGCAACACAGCUCCCUAAGAGAUUAGGUCUCAUUUCUUCAGCGCCUUGCUGAGGCACAGUCACUCAUCCAUCCAUACGGCCAAGGAGCUGGAGGAGGGAGGGAGGAGCAAAGCUUUGUGAGCUCUCGGCGCUGAGCUGCUGCUGCUGCGCCUGCUGCUGCUCGACUCUGAGCGGAGCGCGCGAGGAUGAUGCUCUGAAACUGAGAAUGGACCGGCAGUCAAUACGGGCGAGAGAGGCAGACGGAGGCAUAGCACACUAGAAUGGGAAACCGCUUGGUGCGGGAUGCGUGCACCGCUUUGUGAGCUUCGGGUGCCGAGGUGGAAAAGAAAUAAAUAAGGAAAAAAAUAAUAAUAAUAAAAAAAAACUUGUCCGGGGCUGCAAGAAAAAAACAGAAGAGGGGGAUAGAGAAAGUGAGAGGAAUCUGGAGAGAGAAACCCAGCAGACGGCAGUGAACUCUGUUGUAAUCCACUGUACUGCACUCCGCCGGACUCCACUCGACUUCAAUUCCACUUCUUACUUGUCGGUUGCUGUGAUUACUUCUACCAUCCAGCCAUGAGACUAAGUGAAGCCUGCAUCAUUCUUCACUUGUGGUUAGCAGGACAAGGUGUGGUGGCCAUGUUCUCCCAACAGCCUCAGGACUUGGUGGUGGUCGCUGGUCAGCCUGUAACUCUGCCCUGCUCCAUUCCAGGAUAUCAUGGCAUUGUGCUCUGGAUUAAAGAUGGACUUGCUCUAGGUGUUGGCAGAGAUCUUUCAGGUUACCCUCGCUAUUCUGUUGUUGGAGACCACAGUGCAGGCGAACAUCACUUGAAGAUCCAAAGAGUCGAGCUGAUGGAUGACGCAGACUAUGAAUGCCAAGCCAUCCAAGCAGCCUUGAGAUCACGGCCGGCAAGACUGACUGUGCUUGUUCCUCCAGAUGAUCCCAUAAUCAAUGGCGGUCCUGUUAUCAGCCUUCGGGCUGGGGAUCCUCUCAACUUGACUUGUCAUGCUGACAAUGCUAAGCCGGCAGCUUCUAUCAUUUGGAUCCGCAAUGGGGAAGUACUCAGUGGAGCCACGUACACCAAGACGUUGCUAAGAGAUGGCCGCCGGGAAAGUACAGUCAGCACCCUCUACAUUGCCCCAUCCAACAUUGAAUCUGGCCAGCAAAUUAUCUGCCGAGCCUCCAAUAAGGCUGUGCCUAAUGGCAAGGAGACCAGUGUCACUAUCGACAUUCAACAUCCUCCUCUUGUAAAUCUUUCAGUAGAACCUCAGCCAGUGCUGGAAGGCAAUCUUGUGAAGUUCCACUGCUCUGCUAAAGCCAAUCCAGCUGUCACCCAGUACAGGUGGGCCAAAGGAGGUCAGGUGAUCAAAGAAGUAUCCGGGGACACAUUUGAAGCAACAGUGGACCACUCGUUCUUCACUGAAGCUGUGUCAUGUGAAGUCACCAACCCGCUGGGAAGCACUAACAUCAGUCGAACGGUUGAUGUUUACUUUGGUCCAAGAAUGGCAACAGAGCCCCAGUCACUUCUAGUAGAUCUUGGAUCAGAUGCGGUUUUCAACUGUGCUUGGAUAGGCAACCCAUCACUGACCAUCGUGUGGACAAAGAGAGGCUCUGGAGUGGUGCUGAGUAAUGAAAAUUUCCUAAUGCUGAAAGCAGUGAGGCAAGAGGAUGCUGGGAAAUAUGUCUGCCGAGCUGUUGUGCCCCGAGUGGGAGCGGAUGAGAGAGAAGUAUCACUCACUGUCAAUGGUCCCCCAAUCAUCUCAAGCACCCAGACUCAGCAUGCUCUACAUGGAGAAAAAGGACAAAUUAAAUGUUUCAUCCGGAGCACACCUCCUCCUGACCGAAUAGCCUGGUCAUGGAAAGAAAAUGUGUUAGAAUCUGGAACGUCUGGCCGCUACACAGUGGAGACUGUCAGCACUGAAGAAGGGGUCAUAUCCACCCUGACUAUAAGCAACAUUGUGCGGGCCGACUUCCAAACUAUUUACAACUGCACCGCAUGGAACAGCUUCGGCUCAGACACUGAGAUCAUUCGACUCAAGGAACAAGGUGGGAGCCAAGAGUCUCUCCCCAUGGCAGUCACUAUUGGAGUGGCAGUCGGGGCAUUUGUUGCCUUUAUUGUUCUUAUGGCUACCAUAGCAGCUUUUUGUUGCACUCGAUCCCAAAGGAGUAAGUCCUGCCUUACUAUUUUAAAUCUAAAGGGUGUAGUCUCAGCAAAAAAUGAUAUUCGGGUAGAAAUUGUACAUAAAGACCACAAUGCAGCAAGAGAAACGGAGGAACAUGCAGCCAUCAAGCAGCUCAUGAUUGAGAGGGGCGAGUUCCAGCAGGAAUCUGUUCUCAAGCAAUUGGAAGUACUGCAGGAAGAAGAGAAAGAAUACCAGCACAUCAAGGAUCCAACCAACGGCUAUUACAGUGUUAAUACAUUUAAGGAACAUCAUUCAACGCCAACCAUUUCCCUCACUGGCAACCAGAACACAGAGCUCCGGAACACCACAACAGGCACCACAGGCAAACAACGUGUCCCCACGGGCAUGUCCUUUACCAAUAUCUAUACCACCCUAGGUGCUGGUCCCAACCGCCUCUACGACUACAGCCAGCGUUUUGUACUGGGGAUGGGCAGCAGUUCCAUUGAAUUGUGUGAGCGUGAAUUCCAGCGUGGCUCCCUCAGUGAUUCCAGCUCCUUCCUGGACACGCAGUGUGACAGCAGUGUUAGCAGCUACAGCAAACAGGAUGGAUAUGUGCAAUUUGACAAGGCCAGCAAAGCCUCAGCCUCCUCCUCCUCUCACUACUCACAGUCCUCCUCCCAGAACUCGGACCUCACACGGCCCUUGCAGAAAAGAAUGCAGACACACGUGUAAGCCCCAUAGCUUCCAUGACCCAUGUGUGGAUGGAACCAAGAGAUGGACUGGAUCACAGAAGAAGCACUUUGGAGGCAAACGAGGGGAGCGUCUUAAGAGCAAGUCACAUUCUGAUUAUUUGUGUUUUGUUUCAAUUCUCUGCUCAUAUUCCUUCUUUUUUCUUGAAGGAGGUACUUUUAGUCCAGAACAGUAACUUAAGAAAGCAUGGCAUACGGUUGCCCUUCAGUUCUGCUCUCUGUGAGGGUCUCAUAAGUUGAUCAACUUAUGCCUUUUGAAGUACCAGAAAAAUGAACUGAAAACUGUUUGUGUGAAUGGUAAUAAGAAGAUAAUAAGAAGUGUGAGCUGACUCAGACUUCACCUCAGAAUCCACCCAGAUUCGGCAAAAAACACAUGAAACCACCGGGGAGCUUGGGAUGGCACAACUGCAUGUCACAAUGGCCAGAGCUUGGACUUUUCUUCUAACGCCAUUUCAAAAAGGAUAUAAGUUCAUUCUUAACCUUGCCAGGGCAGCAUAGGGUUGGAUGGAAUCAAAACCUUUCUUCUUGAUUUUCUUUUUUGAGAUCUACAACUUCCACUGGAGCCUCUUGGACCACUUAAAGACAGCAAAAAUAGAAACAGCCCCAAGGUUCUGUAGAAGUGGCUCAGCUACAAAUUUCCACUAUUACUGCUCAAAGUUGCUCUUGUAUAAUUCAGUAUCUUGUUGGCUCCAUGUGGCUUAAAGCACAAAAUCCUUGAGUACAUUUGUGAUCCAUUGAACAGAAUCACCACAUGGACUUUAAUCAGCUACACAGAAAGACCGAAUCCACUCAUUGUGCUAACAUUCUUUCCUGCGCCCUUACUUGCUGAAUGUGAGAUCACCAGAAAUGGUGUUUUCAGACUACUGGUUUCUGUAAGGAACAGAGGACUACUAAAGCCAAGGCACGGGUUUUGCUUUUCUAUUCCUAAAGCUUGAUCAUGAAUACAAUUACGGGAGAUUUAAGCUGGCAUUAUGUGCCACAAAUGGGUGGAGAGAGGAAUAUUAAAAUUGAAACUCUGCCCCGAGACCUUUGCUGGCACCACAAUUAUUUUUUUAUUCUAUUUUAUACGUAUGUUUGUCAAUGUCUUCCGUCAGAAAUAAAGAAUAUAAGAUUUCUCGGUAAAUAAUGAGGCAAGAACAGUUAUGACUAUUUCAGAUGUUUAUCAGGAACUGAAUUGACCCUUUAAGGAAAGCAAGUUUAGUAUAGGGGGUCAAGCCCUUAUAUAAACAAAUCAGUUCUUCUCAUACCAACUUCCCCUUCUCCCAUUAUAAAUAAUUCAUUGAAUCUUUUCCCAUUUCCUCCUCCCCAUUAUUUUAACAAUCUGCCCCCAUAGAAGAUGAGCAGACUCAGACAGCACUGCCCUAGUGCCAAGCAGGUAUCUUGCCAAACAGUUUGUAAAAAACAGUCAUCUUUUGUCUAAAUAGAUUCCAAAAUUGUAACUUGGUUUUUGGACUGUUUAAUACUAGACAGAUCUAAUUUUUUUACAUGUUAAUUGUUUUUUAAUGAAUUGAAUCAAUUGGUUACACUACAGCCAGAAUGCCAAGAGUGCCAUUCCAAGUAUUUUGGUUUGCACACAGCUGAACUCAAUAGAAACAAAAAAAAAUUCUCACCAUAAAAAUCAAUGCCCAUUUAGACAACAAAUCUUCUUGAGGCAGGGAUGAAGACCAUAUUAUUUAAAAAGCCUAAUAAAGCAGCGUAUGUAAGAAAGAGAGAGAAGCUCCAAUCAGAAAAAAAGGCUGGAAAUAACGUAUUGUACUUGGACUGUGAUCUUUUUUGAAAUGUCAUAUUGGACAUUGACCCCUGAAAGUUGUAUUUUCAGAAAAAUCCGGUUUUAUAAUUUAUAGUGAGAGAUCUUGUGUUCUUUGUUUUUGAAAAAGCGGAGAGUCCUUUACUAAGCCCUGAGUAAACUGUUCUGGAGUGACUUUCACAGAACCAUCUUUCCCCUGGCAAUCAGAAUGAGGAUUGUGAACAAAGGAUAUUGGCCAAUGAAGCAUAAUAUUGCUGUCCUCUUCAGUUACCUCUGUUGCAGUGCCUACGUUUUCACUUUACACUAAAAAAAAUGACAAGAAUAACAUGACAUGUUCAAACCUUCUUACUUCGGGAUUAUCUUGGAUAGGUCACUGGUCCAUCACACAAGCCAUACAAGUGCAUAUUAACACAGGGGCAGUUUGGAAACACCAGUUAAUGUAACAAGCACAUCUGGUGGAGUACCCAGAGGAAAGGCACAUAGACAUGAGGCGGUUGAAGGAGCGCCACACUGACAACAACUAGGCACAGAAAUCAAACCCAGAACACUGUGUUCAUGAAUCACAGUGCAACCGUGCUAUCCAAAUUUAUAAUGCAUAUUUUUGAAGUAGAACCCCUCACAUUUAUUGGACUGAACAAUUUACUUGUAAUUCUAGAAAUCAAUGUGCUUUACUAAAAUAGCUUAAUAUAACUUGCAUUUGCUAGCUUUCAACUUAUUCAUUAGUCUCGCAUCAGUCUUUAACAUUCAAUGCCCCGCUAUUUGUCCUGCCCAAUAACACUUUAUUGGUGUAAUUCAUUCCAUAAGUGUACUAUCUCUAAUAAUUGCCAGCAAAACAAGCUCAAAAUGAAACAGAUGGCAUGUUUUAAGGAUUUUAAUUAAGAUUUUAAACAGAACUUGAGAACCACAAAUGCAUUUCAUUGUGAUUGCUAGGCAUUGAGCUCUUGUGGAUUAACUUAUAAAAUGAAUGCUUGUCAAAGGAUUCAACAGAAUAAUAUAUUAGCAGAAAGAAGGAGAAUGCGUAUAAUUGGUAAUAGAGCUUAGAGUCACUGUGGGUGGUCUUUAUUGGUCACUAUACUGAAAACUGAGCCUUCCGUAUGUGUAAUAAUUCCAACUUUGCCUUGGUGUGUGUAAUGCCUCUGCUGCCUGUAAGCAGAACAACACAGAGUUCCCAGCCUAUAAUUGUUUCAGUAAUAUUCUGUUCUGAUGCAAAAUAAAGACAACAAAGCCACAUAUGUGGUCAUUUAUACAGAAUUGACCAUUUUUGCUCAGUAAAUAAGAAUCAUAUGAACAUUUUAGUCUAAACAGAUUUGUAUAGGAACUCUCACAGCUUUUUUUACAUUAAUCUGGCAAAUGCCCAGUAUGUACCCCUCGUUUCACAUGGCACAGGUCAAUUCCCUAGUCUGAUUCAUCUCAGACCCUUUGUUCCAUAUCACUACUGAUGAUUCACAUGAUACUUCAUUUCCUCAAGCAUUAAAAUAUGGAAAAAAUGUGUGCAACUCUACAGUCUGUUCAUAUACAAUAUACUUUAUAUGAUGAUGCUUAGUUACUAAGUAAUAUGUUUUGAAAUGACCUGGCUACAUAAUAUCCAAUUCAGAAUAGGAUUAUGUUUACCAUUUACUCAGGCUUAAACUCAUUUGGCUUGUGUGUGCAAAUAUCAUGCACUAUAUUCUGUACACAAACUGUGAUAUGCAUGUAACUCCCUUUUUUAAACUACUCAGAAUUUUUUCAACGUGAGAGCCGAAUUCAUCAUUCUUAUCUUGUAGAAUGCCACUGGGCACUGGUUUUAUGCCUGAUUGUCAAUAGAUAAUGACUCAGUUGGAUAUCUUUAAUGAGAUAUAGUGCACAAAGUACUAUAAAUUGCUUUGACUCUGAUGACAGGCCAUUUAGAAUCACAUUGAUUCACACCAGUUCAGAAACCUGAACAAACUUCAUUGUGCAGCAUGAAGCUCCAUUAGAACCAUCAUGUGGAGCUCUAGCUAGGUUUGGACUAACUCGUCAUGACAAUAUGCCUGUAAUUACAUCUCAAAUAAAAGCCAUCCUGCUAUUGACUCCUUCUUGACUAAAAAAUGUUUUAGAAAUCCAUCUGGCUUUGUCUACAGAUUAUAUAGAAUCACUUGAGGAACAAAUUGCUUUUCUCUUUUGGUAACACAUUAGUUUUAGUACUGCAAAAAAUGUGUCUAUUACUCAAUUGCUCUUAUUUAACAAGACCAAAACAAAGGCUUCUUCUGCACUUCAUAAUAUUAUUAAACAUCUCUGGCUAGGUAAUUCAUCUCUGUGCAGUGCAGCAUAUUGGCAUGAUGGUAAAAUUAUUUAUUAAUAUGAAAGAUUCACAGGUCUUACUUCUAAAUAUGUAAUAUGAAGCAAAUGUGUCUCAGUUAAGCCACCUUAGACCACUUCAAAGUGAAUUUUUGUUAGUAGAGAAUAAAUACUUUACUAAUGCAUUGUCAGUAUUAUGAAGACCCAAAGAAGUGCUUGUUAAUGUCUUGUUAAGCAAGAGUGAACAACUAAUUGAUGUAGUUUUAAACUCAAAGUGUUACCUCAAUUUUUGUUACAAUAUGAUGCAUUAUAAACAAAUGUGCAUUACAAUUAUAUACAGGGAAAAAAAGAUAAAAGUAAUUUCCAUGAUGACAAAGUAAAAAAAGAAGGCUAGUAGGGACACAACCACUUUAUAGCUGACUUUGCCUUUUAUUAACAACAUCUUAUUAAUACACGUGUCUAGCUACAAAUGCUUUAUAACAGAGAAAACAAAUGUAAAAUAGACUUAAAAUAUGAAGUCAAGGAAUAUCUGCCUUGUUAACAUGGACUGCCCAGUUUGCUUUGUGGCCAGUUUCUUAAUUUGUGGCUAAUUUAACUCAUAUUUUAUAUAUAUAUAUAAACUUCACAUUUCCCAGUUGUAUUACAGUUAUGCUGAAUUAGUGCCAUUUAGUAAACCCAAAUAUUAUUCCACAGUUCUGUAUUGUGACUCUUUGCUGCUCCUCUAAUGUGAGCUUAGAAAACUAUUUUAAAAUGUCGGAAUUCAAUGCCAGUAAAUGGAGUUAAUACCUCUGCUACAGGUCCUACAUAUUUGUUAUCAUUUGCACCCAAACUUAUUUGAUGUAAAUUGCAUCCUGUUUAAUACUCAGGACAAAGGUAAUCCAACAGGGAAGUUCUAUAGAACCUGAAUUCCCAUGCUUGCCAAGAGAGAUUCUGCCACCCAUUGUACAGGGUAACAACUUCACCAUGGGAGGCAGACUCCCAUUGUCCCCCAUUUCUUCUGGGCUUCCGGCCGGAUAAGGAUCUUACAGCCGUUGGGGCUGGGGUGCCAGUCUCAGAGUACCUUCUGUGACAGUGGCCCUCUUUGCCAACUUUUUGGCUGAGGCAGAGAAUGCCAUACCUCACUUUUUCACCAUCCGUUAUGCUGGCAUCCCAUCCAGGUAAGUGAACAGUGUCCAUCCUGGAUGGGAUGCCAGUCCAUCUGUGACACAUGUUGAAUACUGAUACAUCACCUAGAAGGCACUAAUAUGUAGAAAUUGGUAUAAUAAAACUCAAAUUU